AACUAUCGUACAGGUGUUUGCAUUUUUAUUUUCAAUGCUUUUUGAGAUCAUAGUGUAUUUUGUUUCUUAAUGGCAGAAGCCUAUCAUGUAGUGGCAGCCAUUGUCCCAUUAUAUGUGACCAUGAUACUGGCCUAUGUUUCUGUGAAAUGGUGGAAGAUCUUCACACCAGAUCAAUGUUCAGGCAUAAACAAAUUUGUGGCAAAGUUCUCCAUCCCCCUCUUGUCAUUUCAAAUAAUUUCCUCGAACUACAUCUACAAAAUGAGCCUCAAACUCUUAUAUGCCAAUUUUGUUCAGAAAUUGCUUGCCCUUUUAGUCUUAAUAGCAAUCACGAAGAUCAGUGGCCGAGGAGGGUUAAAGUGGAUCAUAACGGGUUUGUCAUUAACAACACUUCCCAACACUUUGAUUCUAGGAAUUCCUCUGAUGAAAGCUAUGUAUAAGGGUGAUGCAGUUGUUCUCCUUGCUCAGAUUAUUUUCUUGCAGAGCAUGAUCUGGUACAAUUUGUUGUUGUUUCUUUAUGAACUUGAUGCUGUCAACACCAGGCCUGCUGCAGCUGCACCACCAUCACAAGGCUCAGCUGGUGGGUACACAGAUCGUGAGGUACAAUCAAAAGGAGAAGAAGACGUAGACCCUAGAACAAAAAGGAAGCUGAAGGUGUUGCCCAUUCUUGCCAAAGUGGGGAUACACAUGCCUGAAAUUGUUAAUCAGUCAAUAGAAAUAUUAUCCAAUGGAGGCCUUGGCAUGGCAAUCUUCAGCCUAGGUGUGUUUAUGGCAUCACAGUCGAGCAUGAUAGCAUGUGGGUCUCAUGACAGUGGCUUCUCUUCUGAUAGGAUUAAGAUGCACACUGUUCAAAGUCACAAUUGUUCAGGUCAUUUAAAGGCAAUAAGUAAUCUGAAAGCUAAUGCAGCUGGAUUAACUCAACAAAACAAUGUGAAGCCUGUUUCAGAUGCCAACAUUCCCAAGGCUAAACCAGAACAUCCUUUGGGCUCACAAUCAAAACUUCCAGAAGGUUCACGGGAAGUGUCUUCGCCUCAAUCUUCGUCAGUUUAUUUAUUUACAUAUCACGAGCAGUGA